UGCCAGGUGCCGUGCGGUGAGGGGGUUGCCGCUGGCCGGCGAGGCGAAGCAAGGCGCCCCGUCGGGUUACCCCCGUGGCCUCGACCCCUUCGCGUCCGCGAGUCUCGGUGCGCCGCGCUCCACUCUCAGCCGGCUUCUCCUUUUAUCCCUGGGCGGCUUGUCGUGAAUGCGCCUGACGCGCCGUUGAAGGAUGGCUUCAGACGAUUUGCCUCUCCUUCACACCCUGCAUUGCUCUCUGCAGAAAUGUUUUCGUGCCCUCCAGGAGCAGCAUGAGACCUGGAAGAAUACACUGGCAGCGUGCACAUCUCUUUUGGGUUCCCUGAGCAAUCUGGCAGAGCAAAUGCUGGCAUCCCAGAAGGUGGCCUUUGCCAACACCCCACUGCAAGACUUCCCAUGUCUGCCAGAGAGACUCAGAUACCGCCAGCAAUGUGCAGCGGAAGCUUUGCUGGAGGAGCUGGAAGGGAAAUUGCUUGAGCUGCAGAAGGUGCGGGAUGCAGCUGGCGUUCAUGUGGCCUCUGUUUUCCAGCACUGUGACCAGCAAGAAGGCCUGUGCCAGGAGAGGGCUUUCCAGCGCUCUGUGCUUUGCCCAUCGUUGGCAGAUAUGUUAGAAUGGCUGCUGGAUAUGGAGGGGUUUUAUCACAGCAUCUACCUGGAGGUCAAGCUUUUGCUCCUUCAGGUCACGUAUGAAGACUUGACCAAGAUGCAGACCCUUCCACAGGCCUGGGAGCAGGUGCUGCAGCACAGUCUCCAAAACGUGGUAGAAGAUGCCCUGCUGAAGGUCUCCUUCCUGGAAGCUGGGUGAGGAUCUGAAGCUGUUGUAUGCCCAGAGCAGCUUUCCCAUCGCUUCGCAUUGGGAUCUCUGCCCCGCAGCUGAAGGAUGAACAAGCCUGGAUUCGUAGGCUGGUGACAUGGCUGGGAAUGAGCAGCCCAUGAAAGCAGCAGCAGUUGUGGGCAGGCUGCUGCCUUGGGGCUCCUUGCUACUGUUUGUGGAGGAGGAGUGUGUGUGUGGGGGGGGGGGGGGACUGCAUAAAUAAAAAUUGCUAAAUUUCAAAUACACUCAAAUCUAAGGGGAGACAGAUGCUGCACCCUGUGCUGCCUUACUCUUGAGGAAGGGGAGUUGAAAAUAAACAAAUUUUGCAGUAAAUGAAAGAAAUUAAUCGGACUGGCAGUGUAUUUGGCUAUCAAUGUAUUAUCAUACACAUUGUAGCAUAUUAGCUGGGACAAAAUUCAUCAUAUUCAUGCAAAGAUUAGUAUUGCCUCCUGAAGGGCAGAGCAACAUGCUGCUUGUUUCCCUGUCUUUGUCACAGUCCUUUGAGGAUGCAAAGGUUGACUGUAGGGCGCCUUGUCCAAAGGGCAGCAGAUCCAGGGGCCUCCUGACAUCUCCUGUCUCCACCAUGUUCAGAGUGACCAGAGGAAGGCAAGCAGGAAUGCCCGGUCCUCUCGUGCGUUGGAAAUUAUGGGUUGGGUGCUGGAUAUGUCUACAGUAUGCAGAGGAGUCAUUCUCUAAUGCUGUAGAUAGUCACACAUUAAAAUUGGCAUAGCGUGAAUUUGGAAGGGGUGGGACCUUAUCUUUAAAAGCUUCUCCCUUGUAAUGAUUCCAAGUAAAUGUGUGCUUGUGUCUUUAAAUGCUUGGUUUGAGCUAGGUGAAGAGUGGGGGUGAGAGAAGGAUGAGUGAGUGAUAUGAGUGGUUGAUGACUGAGAGUGUGGGCGGUUUGAGACUGAGUGAAGAGAGAAAAGUUUCAGUCAGAGGAAAGCAGGCUAGCUGUGUGCUGCCUGAGUAUGUUGGAGGAUUUAUGAGGGAAAUAUAACCUGUGUGGAACCUGAACUGAGCUUGUUUGUGAAAGGACACUCAGUCAGGGAAAGGGAGGCCAGCUGUGGGCUGCCUGAGCAGGUUUAAUAUUUCUGUGAAUGAGAGUCAGAGAAAGAGAGGCUAGCUGUGUGCUGCCUGAGUAUAUUGGAAGUAUUUGUGAGAGAACUAUUGAGUCUAGUGAAAGAGGCUAACUGUGUGUGAAGCCUUAGAAGAGAUCUGUGUGAAUGAGAGUAAAUGAAGUAACUUUAAGAACUGAGAACUACUUUUAUGAAACCGAUACGCUUCUUGACUAAAUAAAAGUUUAUUUUGUUUUGUUA